AUGGAUCUUUUUCGGGACUUAAGUGAUAAACCAAAUAGUCAUCUAAGCACAAUACAAAUCAUCGAACCUAGUUUUGGCUGUGAAUACUCUCAGUUAUUGACUGAUAGAAAGGUAAAACAAGGGCCUAAAAUGUAUACGAGACGAAAAAGGCCUGCGACGAAAUGGAGUGCCGCCUCGCUGACAACCAGUGAGAAUCACGAGGGGUUCAUGCUACAACUAAUCUGUGGAAAGAAAAAAAAGUGGGAUGAGGAGAAAAUCCAGAGUUCCCAUCAAUGUCGAGCAUCGAAACCCAGCCGUACAUGUGCUAAGAUGCAGCUGGUACCAGGCCAUGAUUCUUGCUCCAUACUGUACCGGAUUAAUGAUAGAAAGAAGCGUAUUCCUUUAGUUGCUACUGUACCUAUGCAACUACUUCCGACGAUGAAGAAAAAAAUGAGCAACGUUCGAGUGCUGCGAGACAGAUGGAAAGAGUGCGAUUCCGAUAGCACACAUGAAGUUGUAUCGAAGGAGGUGGGAGCAACGCAUGUGCGCUUAAAUAUCGGAGGCAAAUCGUUCUGCGUGAGACGUGAGCUGUACACGGACGAGCGGACUCUGAUGCACGACAUCGUCGAAUCCUCCCACGAAGAAAGGUUGGCUCUUGUGGAUGGAUGUGAUCCGAAUACGGGCGAGUACUACAUGGAACGAAAUUCAAUCAUCUCCAAUCAUAUCGUCGAUUUUUUCUCAACAGGAAGUCUCCACAAGCCUCAGAACAUUUGUGCUGAGAGGUUUAAAGAAGAGUUGGCGUUCUGGCGCAUCAGCCACGAACAUAUGGCAUCUUGUUGUGCACUGCCGAAGAGUAUGAGCGGUGGAAAGCUUCAUUUGCAGUCAAUGAGCACUUAUGAAGAAUGCGACACUGAUUUCGACGGAGCAUAUUUUCCUUCUCUGCGUUUGUCCUCAUGGAGGUUCCUUGAAGAUCCACAGUCGUCAUACCCAGCCGCAGUGUUCGCUUUGUUAUCCGUCCUAUUCGUUUUUUGCAGUGUCGUUGGGUUAAUACUCGGCUCGAUGCCAGAGUUUCAAGAGGAUCCCACUAAUGCCUCAGCUUACCACUCCAUGCACGUAAAGACUAAUGAGGUAUGUAUACCUCUUUUCUCUCACAUAAGUGCCGCCAAUUCCUUAUUACAAAUGUGA